AUGUAAAAUUGGAAUCUACUCAAUUUGAUUAAUUUAAGCGUAACCAAUCCUUUGCAAAAAGAAAUUUUCAGAAAAUUAAACUAUCCAAAGGAAACUUAUUUUAGCUAAUAAAGCAUUAAACUCAAGAACUUAAUAAUUCGCUAAGUUGCUCCAAUUCUUGACAUUGAUGACUAUAUUCAAGAUUAGAAUGUGGCUAAUCGCAUAAAGUAUAAAACUUUAAUAAUUUCCUUUACGAAAUUCAUAAACAAUUUGAAACUAGAAUAAGAGCAGCAAGUAGAUUUGAUUAAUCUAGCUCAGGAAGCCUAUGAAAUUUAAACAUAAGUAUAUAAAGAUCUCAUUUUAGAUAAUGCUAAAAUAAAUUUAGAAGGACAACUACUUUUCUUGUUCUUUAAGAGUUAAAUUCCAUCUAUUAAAACUAAAUCUCUCUUCAUUCAAAAAUUAAAAAAAGAUGAAUCUGAAUUAAUAGGAGAAUAAAAAUUUCAUGAAAAGCUACUUACAUUUGAGCAAGAUUUCAAAUUAAGUUAAAACCUAGAGUUUGUUUCUAAGCCUUCUGUUACUUUUAAAAGUAUCGUGCACAAUUGUUUAAUAUCAGUAGACUUAGAAAAACUAACAUCUAGCUAGGAAAUUUUAAUGCCUGAAAAUUUCUUAUUUAAAGAUGGUAAAUAUACUACUAUCAAUUAUGCAGACUAAAAAUCUGGAUCUACUAAUUAUGAUCUAUAAAUGACUCAUUUUUAAAUACCAAACUUACAAAAUAAGGCUGCUGGCUAAUCUCAUAUUUAAAUGUAUGGUUCUUGCUAUCUCAAAAGGUCCUUGGAUGGCUCAAAUUUAUUUGAGAGUAAAAUCUUUUAGAUCUAUUAAUUUCAAUGUAAUGCACCACAAAAAUCAACUAAAAUUAAUCUUUUCAAGAUAUACUUCAUCAAUCCAUAUUUUGUCACAAUCUCAAACAAUUAAAUCAUUCAAGUUUACUCAUUCUACAAUACUAAAGCUAUCUUCAGAUUAGAUUGCAAAGAAAGUAAAAUUAUGUCUUUAAUUUUUAAUAGGAAUAAUCUCUGGCUUAUAAAUGUGCAGCGGUUCAAUUAAAAUGAAGAACUAUUAGCAUUUUAGACACAAUAGUUUUGUAUUUUUAAGCGAAGAUGA